GACUCCACGGGAUUCACUGGUUCCUGUAUUUUGUGCUAUGAGUUACGCUCUCAGGGUACCAGCGUAACAAUAUACCUGUUCGGCAAGGGAAACAAGCUCAAGAUGCCGCAAACAGGACAGUCUCCCCAAGAUGAUCAGGAGAAACUCCUGGAUGAGGCUCAGCAUGUCGUCAAGAUGCAGUCAUUCCAGAUGAAAAGAUGCCUGGACAAAGGCAAGUUGAUGGAUGGAUUGAAGCAUGCCUCCAACAUGCUGGGUGAACUGCGGACCUCCAUGUUGUCUCCAAAGAGCUACUAUGAGCUCUACAUGCAGGUCUGCGAUGAGCUGAGAUACCUGGAACAGUAUCUCCUGGAUGAGUAUCAGAAAGGACACCGCAUAUCAGACCUGUACGAACUAGUGCAGUACGCUGGAAAUAUAGUGCCCAGGCUGUAUCUCCUGAUCACCGUGGGUAUUGUGUACAUCAAGACCAGCCAGCAUUCCCGCAAGGACAUCAUGAAGGAUUUGGUGGAGAUGUGUCGGGGGGUCCAACACCCUCUCAGGGGGCUGUUCUUGAGGAACUACUUGCUUCAAUGCACGCGCAAUAUCCUACCCGACUGCACCAAGGAAGAGAAUGAGAACGACUCCGGCACAGUGGAAGACUCCACGGACUUCAUCCUUCUGAACUUUGGCGAGAUGAACAAGCUGUGGGUGCGCAUCCAGCACCAGGGCCACUCCCGGGAGCGAGAGAGGCGAGAGAAGGAACGCAAGGAGCUACGCAUCCUGGUGGGGACCAACCUAGUCCGCAUCAGCCAGCUGGAGAAUGUCGACAUGAGCAGAUACCAAAAGAUUGUUCUGCCAGAUAUAUUGGAGCAGUGCGUCAGCUGCAGGGAUAGCAUUGCACAAGAGUACCUCAUGGAAUGCAUCAUUCAGGUUUUUCCUGAUGAGUUUCACCUUCAAACACUGAGUCCGUUCCUCAAAGCCUGCGCUGAUCUUAACAACACUGUCAACGUCAAGAACAUCAUCAUAGCACUUAUUGACAGGUUGGCGUUGUUUGCCUGUAGAGACGACAGUGCAGGUAUCCCAUCAGAACUCAAGUUAUUCGACAUCUUUUCAGAGCAGAUCUCAGCCAUAAUAGAGGCACGGACAGACAUGCCAACAGAAGACGUCGUAGCCCUCCAAGUCUCUCUCAUCAACCUUGCCCUGAAGUGCUAUCAAGACAGAGUAGACUUCAUCGACAAGGUCCUCAACUCCACCGUGGAAAUCUUCAAGAAGCUUGGCAUUGCGCAUGGAAGUCUCGCCAACUCCAGCCCCGUCUCCAAGGAGCUGAUGCGCAUGCUCAAGAUCCCCGUGGACAGCUACAACAACGUUCUGACCCUGCUGAAGCUGGAAUACUUCCCGCCGCUCUUUGAAUACUUGGACUACGCCGGCCGCAAGAACAUGAGCCUGCACGUGGUCAACAGCGCCUUGGACAACGGCAACCUGGUGCUUACGUCGGAGCAGGCCGACUCCAUCUUGGGGAUGGUUGCCACGCUGGUCAAGGACCAAUCAGAUCAGCCCGAAGAGGAGGACGCAGAUGACUUUGCCGAGGAGCAAGGACUGAUGGGAAGGUUUGUCAACUUACUCCAAGCAGAGACAGCCGACCAACAGGCAAAGAUGUUGCACACAGCUCGGAAGCACUUUGGCACAGGUGGAGAGAAGCGAAUCAAGUACACGUUACCACCUUUGGUGUUUGCUGCCCACCGCCUGGCGUACCAGUUCAAGGAAUUAGCAGAGGAGGAUGACAAAUGGGAAGUCAAGUGCCAGAAGAUCUUGCAGUUCAGUCACCAGACCAUCUGUGCCCUGUCCAAGGCGGAGUAUCCGGAGCUUUCCUUGCGCCUGUUCCUUCAGGGAGCCCUGGCAGCCGGCACCGUGGACUUUGAGAAUCAUGAGAUGGUGGCUUAUGACUUCAUGUCCCAGUGUUUUGCCUGCUUCGAGGAUGAGAUCUCAGACUCACGAGCCAAGCUGGCAGCAAUCAGCCUCAUCAUAGCCACCUUGGAGCAGAUGAGUUUCUUCGGUGAGGAGAACCAUGAACCACUACGCACCCAGUGUGCCCUGAUUGCCUCCAAGCUGCUCAAGAAGCCUGACCAGUGCCGGGCUGUGGGCAUGGUGUCUCAUCUCUUCUGGUCCGGCAAGACGCUGGAGAGCGGAGGGGAGGAGCUGAAAUUUUCCAAGAAUGUGAGCGAGUGUCUGAAGAAGGCCUUGCGCAUUGCCAAGCAGUGCAUGGACCCCACCGUCCAAGUCCAAUUAUUCGUGGAGAUUCUCAAUCGGUACAUCUAUUACUUUGAGAAGGGAAACGACCAGGUAACUGCCCAGAUUAUUAACCAGUUGAUUGAGAAGAUCCGAGAGGACCUACCCAACCUUGAGGACAACGAUGAGACGGAACAGAUCAACAAACACUUCACCAACACCCUGGAGCACCUCCGAAACAAGAUGGACGCCGCUGACUCGGAAGGACCGUCUUACGAAGGCAUCGUCCUUUAGAAAGGUGUGACUGGAUAAACCUUCGGGGGGGGGGGGGGGGGAGAGACAUUUCUGUUCAGUUUGACACCUGCCGAAAUUCUCCAAAAUUCUCCAGUUUGGAAAAAAAAUGGAUCUCCACUUUACAAAAACCCGGACAAAUUUCAUUGAGCCUCGAAGCAUAGAAAUGCGCUAAGCGUAGAAGCUAUCUGCUUAGCAAAAACAGGUUACCAACCAAUAUUCCAUGCAAUUCUUAUUGCUUGUGACUAGCACUGAGCUGAUAUUUGCCAAGCGUGUAAGUUGGCCUAGCAGUAUUUUACGCUUAACAGCUCUGUGGGACAUUUCAUCAUACAUGCAGAGGACAAUGGGGGAUUGCUGCCCACAACAGUUUUUUUCUGUGCAGAAAGGAUUACAUUUUUAUAACCAAAAGCAAGGCUUCAAAUUCCAUCUUAUAAACAGUUGGGUUGUGGUACCAACUGAUAUGUCAGACUCUUAACAAGCCAAACAACCCUUGCAAGCUUGGUGGUUGAGUGGUAUGUACAAAACAAUUAGCCUGUUUCUGCAGACUAUUCGUAUUAGCUUUACAUCUUGUUUUGUGACCUUCAAUCACAGCAAGUUUGUUGAGAAGAGUGGAUUUUCUGUGCGUCCAUUCCCCACCAACCGAAAAGAUGUGUGUAGUUCAUUCGCGGACUGCCCUGUGCAAGUUUAUGUAUUGCACCUUUGGCCCAAGGCCAGUACAUUUCUCCCAUAAAAGCCUUUAUCUCCCAAACAAGCUUUUAUCCCAAAACCUUUAAACAUGGCUUGUUAAAAUUCUUUUGAAUGUAAUGUGAUUCCUCCCCCCCCGUCUCAUUUAGUGAGGCCAUUAUAUUUUACACUUCAAAUGUAUCUCAGUGUUUUUGUAUAUAUGUCCACCAUAUUUUUUUUUUUACUUCUUUAUGUACACAGGUAAUGAAAGGUCUUUUGUGGAAAAGAUCAAAUAAAGUUCAAUUAAACUGUAAUAGGUUUAACACUUUAAAGAAGAUGAAGAUAUACAUGUAAAUCAUGGAAACUUAACUUUGAGAGCACAGUCGAGCUCUCAGCAAUUUGAAUUUGGAAGAUAAUAGAAGAGUUUGUUCUCAACACACUUGCCUUUAGGAGUCGGGGAACUAUACCUUGUUAAAUGGGUUACCCCUUUCCAAUCGCCUGUAGCAUGUCUAUAGCAAAGCUUGUGCAUUCUCUACGUUGUGUACAUGUUCAGCCUGCUUUGUAGUUUUCCACAAGAGCAGAGUCACCACUGUGUGUGGCCUGCUUUAAAGGCCAUAUUUUUUUUAAAGCCCCCACUUUAUAGAAGGAUUUCUGCCUUAAAACUGUUCCCGCAGCAUACACUUUAUGGUGUUUGCUUGUGUCCACAUCAGUGCCCAAUUUCAUGGCCCUUCUGCUUACUGUUUGCGAUAAAUCCCCAGAAAUUUCGAGCUUAGGGUUAGCAUACAUCACAAGUUUGUAAGGAAUUUUGGCUUAUGCGCAUGUGUACAUCCUGUAAUGAAAGAUUCUGUGCUUACAGGGUUAGCACAGAAUUUUUAGCUUAACUGUUAGCAGAGAUGAAACUUUUACGAUUUUAAUCGGAAAACCUACUUUUUGA